CUUUUGCUUCUUUCCCCAAUAUUAAUACCACUUUCUUGGUGAUCAAAGUAGAUAGUUUCCAGUAGAAAAAGAAUCGAUCGUUAUUCCAUCUGAUUUACCAAAAGAAAGUGUUUCAAAGUUCAUCUUCAACAAUUCACAGUCCAUUGUGAAUUUCAUCCAUAGUUUGCGUUUUCUUGCAAAUUUAAUUAAGGGAUUUUGUGGGUUUAUUGUUGGAAUGUGGAGGAAUAACGAGAGUGAUCAUAUGUCUCAGGCGACAAGGGGUUUCUUGACCCCACCGCCGAAAUGGAGAUCGCCGGCGUCGGAAAAGAAUCAAAGGAGGCUAACUCAUGCACAGAGUGCUAAACCUGAUCUUUUUCAUGUUAUUCAUAAAGUUCCUGCUGGUGAUUCUCCUUACGUCAGAGCCAAACAUGUUCAAUUAAUUGACAAGGAUCCGAGCAAGGCAAUAUCUCUGUUUUGGGCAGCAAUAAAUUCUGGUGACCGAGUUGAUAGUGCCCUGAAAGACAUGGCAGUUGUGAUGAAACAGUUGAAUCGUUCAGACGAGGCAAUCGAAGCAAUAAAGUCAUUUCGACAUCUUUGUCCCUCUGAGUCACAAGAGUCUAUUGACAACAUCUUGAUUGAACUCUACAAGAGAUCUGGUAGGAUCGAAGAAGAGAUUGGAUUACUUGAAUUGAAAUUGAAGAGCGUCGAAGAAGGCAUAGCUUUUGGUGGGAAGAAGACUAAGAUUGCUAGAUCUCAAGGAAAAAAAGUUCACAUCACAAUUGAAAAGGAGUACUCAAGAUUGUUAGGGAACUUGGCAUGGUCACACAUGCAACUGAAUAACUUUAAAUUGGCAGAAGAGUACUAUAGAAAAGCGCUCUCUCUCGAACCGGAUAAGAACAAGCAAAGUAAUCUGGCAAUUUGUUUGAUGCAUAUGAACAAGAUUACAGAAGCUAAGUUUCUGAUUCAAAGCAUAAAAGCUUCAGAUAGAAGGCAGAUGGAUGACUCAUGCAUCAAGUCCUUCGAGCGUGCCACUCAAAUGCUAGCUGAGUUAGAAUCACAUGGCACUUGGAACUCUAAGGAACACGAGGAAAUGCUAGGAUCGUCCACAUCAGAUGGACAUAAUCGCAGGGGAAACAAGAGGACAUAUCCAUCUCCAUUUUCUGCUUCCGGACAUCCAAAGGACUUUUUUACACAACCUAGGAGAUUUUCAUGUUCACUCAAUGACGGCAGUUGGUUCAAGAAGGAUACCAUUAAUGCUUGUAUUCGAAGACUGUUAUUUGAGCAAACAACAAAUAAUGAGAAUGUGCAGUCAGUGGAGAACCAUAAUUUCAACAAUCUCAUUUCUGCUGAUGAGAUGAGCAAAGGAGCGUCCCUUGUAUGUGGACAAGCGUUCUCUAGGUCAUGGAGAAAUGGUGCUAACAUGAAAAGUGAAUCUGAUUUGCUGCCACUUUGCGACGACUGGAAAAAGAACUUUCCAGAAAAUGAUGGAUCAGACAAAAUUUCUCCAAAGUUGUCUUAUCCUCCCACAGAAUCAUUGGCCGAUAAUUUAAGUGCAAGAAAAGUUUCAACAGAUACCAAUGAACACUUGGAGAGCACAAACUUGAAACCUUUAGACUUGGCCACAUGUAAAAGCAAGAAGAGUUGGGCUGAUAUGGUGGAAGAGGACGAACUAGAUUUGCAGUUGUAUGAAACUCCAAGCAGAUAUUCCGAUAACAAUGAGAAUGUUGAUUCCAAUAUUAUUGAUCUUAGCCAAAACAUUGAAUCGUUGUGUCUGAGUGAAGGAUAUCAUACACAACCUGGACGAGAAGUGAGGCGUUCCUUGUGCUUUGAACAGAAUGUCAGAAAAGAAAACUGUUCAUCUAAAUUCGAGGGGAAAGAUCUGAAGUUGGGAAGCUUGAACUCUUUGCCACCUAUAGGAGAUAUUGCUAAUCACACUCCAGUGGAGUUAUUGCGGAGGAACAGAUUGCAAGUAUUCAGAGAUAUAACUCCUGAAAGUCCUAAGCCUUGAAUUAUUAUCAUGUACAGAACUAAAUAGCAAAUACUGUAAUGUUCUUUGAUGCUGUAAGUCUGGCCUUAUUCUUUGUCAGGUCUUAUGAUCGAUUGACUGUUAGAGAUAUCAUGAGAAACAUGUGUUUUGGUAAGUGUAUAAAAUCUUCAAGUGAUGAUUACUUUUGUCCUUUCAUUAGUAUCACACGCAGGUUAA